CAAAUAAAAACAUAUACUUAGUUAAAUUUUUUUUUUUUUUUUACCAUUUAAUUGCUAGAUGUUUAAAUCGAAAGAAAAACUAGAAAAUAAUCACCUACUUAGUUAUCAGUUACUGAAUUAGAUUAAUUUUAAACAUUUAUUUUAUUGUUUCCUGCUGAAUAUUUUACAUAAUGUUUUGACUUGGUCAUGCUUGACAAAUCAGAUUGGUGCCAUAUUGGGUUGAAUUGGUAUUGAGACGAGAACCGUCUCGGUCUAUCAAGCAAGCGCACCGUACCUAACGUGAACCGAUCAUCCAACACAGACUUACAAAUAAAACGCCAUUCAUAGCUAAAAAUAGUAUUAAUAAAAGAGACAUUAACGACUACAUAACUACAAAUUGUUAGACUGGUUGGAAUUAAAAAAAAAUCUGAAUAUAUAUCUCGUGGGUAUUAAAGUUCUAACAUCUUCCAGUAGAUGGUCUACUAAGUAGACCAACAAGUCUUAAAGUUCGCUUUUUUAAUAAUCAGAUUUCUGAUAUUUCUGGAAUAAACAUUUUUGUGUAAAUAAACUCUUUCGAAAAGACCCUCCUUAAAUAAGUCCCUGGCCUAAUACGCGGCGCAACAGACGGUAACAGUAUUUCAAAAUCCAUGCGAACGAAAUCGUAGACAACAUAAAUAUCGGAUUGAUAAGUCAUUCUUUUUAUUUAUUUUUUUCUAAAUCUUGAAAUUUUCCCAUAUUUAUAUUUUUUUUCUAUUUCUGUUUUCUUCGCAUAUCUUUCAUUUUUAUUUCUAAGUAAAAGUCUAGAAUCAGCCAAUAGGUAUUACGAAAACUAUAAGUACAAUGGAAUUCAAUAGGACUUUCACUGUUAUACAACAUAAUGAUCAGACCAAUGCUUUGAAAUCUUAAAAUUCUCAUGAAGUCUAAAACUUUAUGUCUACUGCUGCAUAGAUCUGCAUGCUGUACUGACGGAUCAAAUAACCGAUGUUAUGUAUUUGAGUAAUAGUAACGUAACAUAACGUUGAAGCUACACAGCUGGUUCAAGCUUGUUUAUAAAUAAUACAAUAAUUAAAUUUAGAAUACUAUGGAAAAACGUAAUAGUUAUACAUUUACUAGGUGUUCGUAAAAUAACAUCAACAAAUUUUCGGAUAACAUUAAUGUUAAAUUUACUGAAGAAAAAGUUGUUAUCGACUCCCUGUCUUGAAUCUUUAUUAACAAAUAGAAAUUAGCAAUAGAAACAAGUUGGUAAACAAAGGAAAUAACUAGGUAACGUUUUGAUAAGGCCACUUUCUUUGCACAUCGUGUUUGGCAUCGCAAAUUUCCAUACCGAACAUUUGAUUGAUUGCUGCGGGCGAACCGGCCAAAACGCUUUCUCCGGAGAUUGCUUACCAGAAUUUUUUCUGUGGAAUUAUUCGAGUUACACUUGUCUGUAGUGCGAUAACAUUCGUUAAUUGCAUUUGCUAUCGGUGUGUAAUCGAAAGAAAUGAGAUUGAAAUGAGAGUGUUGUGGACGGCCGAUGGCGCUGUAAUUGCCGCUCGGUUCGAAGCACCGACAUCGCAGCCACAGCCGCAGUCAGUCCGUUCGACACCGCCGCAGAGGCGACAACGCGCGCGUUUUAUUCGCAACCCGCAACACAGAAAAAAACAAUGACACCAAUCAUGGACACUUAGAAAACGGCGGCUUCCCCGUCGUCAGUGACCUCUUUGGACUUUAGUGCCUCUAAAAUGGGGGAGGAGCAAGAACAGUGUGACUCGUUCAACUCUUGGGAGCUGAACGGAUUGAACUCGUUGGACCUCUGGGACUACACCGUCGAGCUGGAAUGCCUGCAAGGAACCGAAGAUUUGCAGUUAGCAGCCGAGCUCGGGAAGACCCUCUUGGAGAGAAACAAGGAACUUGAAACAGCUCUACGACAACAUCAGAAUGUCAUCGAAGAUCAAACACAGGAAAUCGAAUACUUAACGAAACAAACCGUAGCGCUCCGCGAGGUGAACGACUCAAGACUGAGGAUCUACGAGCAGCUGGAGGUGAGCAUCCAGGACUUGGAGCGCGCCAACCACCGGCUCGCGGUCGACCAUGCCGCCGAAAAGAAACACAUUAAAACAUUAUGCGCCAACAUCGAGACGUUGGAGAGCAGAUGCGAAGAACUACAAAAGACUGUUGACGAUUUAAACGCACAGCUGGAAAUCGCCAGACGAAGAGCGGAACGGAAGCCAGAGACCGAAAAACCCAAAGAAAAAGAUAAGAAACUGGAACCAACCACACCAAACUCGAAAAAACCUGAAGUGACCAGUACUCCCCUCAAAACCAUAGCGCCCCUCCCAGAACUGACUAAAGAGGAUGAAGACUUACUAAGGCUAAGCGAUGAAUUGAGGGAAAGCAAAGUCGCCUUUGCACAAGAACAAAGGCGAGUAACGGAACUCGAAGAACAACUGGCUUCGAUGGUCCAAGAGAACAACAGACUACACGAUCAAUUAAGAAACUGGCAUCAGAGAGAAGAUGAACCCAAAUCAAUGCACGAGGAAUUAUCUAUCCUUGAGGAAGUCAGACAAGGACAGCUUUGCAUCAGGUGCCUGAGAGGCGUCGAGCGAGGAGAUGACAUGUCCUCGAUACUCGACGGGGAUGACGACGACAGGAGCGCUAUCAGCUCUCUCAUUCUAACACCUUCUGGACAGGACAGUCCAAGAGAGGACCUUGUUACUAACAAACUCGUCAAAUUUGACAAUGCCAAGGAGAAACUACUUCAGGGCGUAUGGGCUAACAAGGAAGACGGUCAUGAUAAUCCGUACAGGGAAUUGGUGCAAAAGUAUGAAGCUCUUCUAGAAGUUCAACUGUCACAGGUGAAAAACAUAAGGAAGAACAAGCAGAAUGCUCUGCCCAGCUCGCAGGCACAGUCUGGGCCUCUCUCUCUGCAAGACGAGCUGCAGACGAGCAGCGAUUACAGCCACUUCAGCGUCAAAGACACCGACGAGGAAAGCGGCCACGGAGAAGAGGCCCACAAGGAAAACCCACAGCAAAAGAAAGCCGACACCACGUCUCGAAAGAAGAUCAUACAAACCCCAGACUUCUCGGAAGCGGAAACGUCCAGCUCAGGCUUCUCGGACGAGACGAGCAACAAAGCCACGCAGACGGAGCGCGAACGACCCGGCUCCUUCCUUUGCACCAUCGCCGAUGGAGAAGACUACCGGUUCAGCAUUUACGACGACGUCAGCCCGAUGGACAGCCGCUUCCGAAACAGACCCGAAUACAGAGAGCUGUUCAAAGAGAUCUUCACGAUACUCAAGAAAGCAGCCGAGAACAAGGACGAGGGCGAACAGCUGCCCCUACUAGACGACACGACGACGGGCAAAGUGCCCCCGGUCACGCCUGCGACAGAGGAGCCUCCGGGCAACUUCACCGACGACACCCAGAGCGUACUGUCGUCUGUGAUGUCUGAACAGUCGAUUCCAGUGUCCGACAUAACGGCACCUGAGUCGCCCACCCUCGUGGAGAAGGAGAAACCCGCUCCCGAACCUGUCAAGAAACAAGAGGUGGUGAACGACAAGGAGAACAAGCCGGUGGAACAGAGACCCGCUCAAGAAGAGAAGCCUAAAGAGAAGGCGGGCGAGAAAGAGAAGGAGAAGGACAAAGAUAAGGAGCGGGUGUUGACUCCACUGGUGCGACAGCCGCUGGAAUACAUCGCGGCCACUAGAAAGAAGUCCAGACAUCGCAACCGCAAGCACAGCCAGGAGCGGCAGGGAGCGGACUCGCCCGUAUUCCCCUCGCCGCCUAAAAUCACUUACCAGAAAUCGUCGAACAAGAAGAAGAGGGACUACAGGCCCAUCGAGGUCAGCCCCCUCGUCCGAACGGAGUCCGAGUGGAACGGAUCCACGCUCCAGUUCUACAACAGAAGCAUGAACUCUCCAACGCCCAGCUCGAGCGGCCGGACCGGUAAGAUAUACCAAGGCUGGAACCCGGAGACCGACUCCUGGGACAUCAAACAGAGCACUGCGUCCCAGGAGAUACACAAACUGAGGAAACUAGAACUAUCGUACGCUGAAGUGUUGAGGAACGCGGACAAAACUAAAACUAGGCGCAAGAAGCACCAAUAGGUUACUUUGAGAAUAGGUAUGUCGACCCCUCUCGCUCGUCAGCGGGAGACGUGUGAUCCGAACGCCAUUUGUCAUUGCCAACUGGACAUAAGUACUUUAGUUUAGAAGUAUGUAUUUUGUGAUCUGCUAGCGAUACUUUUUAAUUUGUACCUAACUAUAUAAUUCAGAAUAAUUGCCAUAAUAUGAACUGGAAGUGUUGUACGUCGUAUAUUAUGUAUGUAUUCAUUGAAACAGUUCGAAACACAAAUUAAAUUAUUUGUCACUUCCCUCCGAUAACAAAAAAAUAACACCUUAAAUCUCAAACACAAAUUGCAUUUAAUAACGAACCACGCUAGCAUUGGUAAAGUUGAGUACUGCACUGAAAAGCGACUUGGAUUUAUCCGCUGAAUCAUUAAGAAUUUGUUUUUAUUCGCUAACUAUUCUGUCACUGUUUUAGUCACUAUUAUAAUUGUAUAUUAUGUAUUUUGAAUUUUAAUUUGUAAAUAUGAUUUUAAGUUAAUUAUAUUUUUACAUUGCCAUGGAUAUCGGAGUACUCAAUGUUUUGUAUGGAAUUGUAUGCUAAAAUUAUUUAAUGCAGAGAGAGGAAGGUUGAAGGUAUAAAUAAAAUUUGCAUUCGUAAACAUAAGUUUUUCAUUGCCCCUUUUCUUGUACAAAAAUCGCAUUAGGUUUAUAAAUAAUAAUAAUAAAACGCUAAAAAUAUAUUACAAUAAUAUAAUUUAGGAUUACUUUUUACACAUAUAUUAGGUAAUGUCGUGUAUAUGUAUAUAUGUAUAUUGCGUGUUUGUCUACUUGUUUUGCGCCUCCAGUUCCCGCUCAACUAUCUUGCGGUACUCGUCGAAUCCACCCUCUAUACUAGUGACAGAACCGUUUCCACAGAUCCAUAGCUCUUUGCAUACCAUCCUUAUUAACCUUUCGUCGUGAGAUACAAGAAUAACUCCUCCC